AGAGAGAGAGAGACGAGCGUUUCGUCCGUCCUUGUAUCCAUUCUAGUAUACACUCUUACCAAGACCAGGACCAAGACCAGGCGUUUCGCUCUUCCAUGUAUCCACAUUAAUAUUUACCAAACAGCCAGAAAGAAGCACGCGUUACAAUGGCCACCGUUAGUCUGGGAGCCAGCGAAGAGCAUGAGAUGACCAAAAUUGAGCGCAUCGGGGCCCACUCCCACAUUCGGGGGCUUGGGCUCACUGACGACCUUACCCCCAAGGCCUCAGCGCAAGGCAUGGUUGGCCAGAUCAAGGCACGACGAGCAGCAGGCGUAGUGCAGAACAUGAUCAAGGAGGGCAAGCUGGCAGGACAGGCAGUGCUUAUUGCCGGCCAACCAGGCACAGGAAAAACAGCCAUUGCCCUCGGCUUGGCACAGUCCCUCGGCUCAGACACGCCCUUCACUGCUAUCUCUGCCUCGGAGAUAUACAGUUUGGGAAUGUCCAAGACAGAGGUGCUGACACAGGCCUUCAGACGGUCCAUUGGUGUGCGCAUCAAGGAGGAAACAGAAAUCAUUGAAGGGGAGGUGGUGGAGGUGCAGAUUGACCGGCCGGCCACAGGGACGGGCGCCAGGGUAGGCAAGCUGACCCUCAAGACCACAGAGAUGGAAACAAUCUAUGAUCUUGGAAACAAAUUGAUCGAGUCUCUCACAAAGGAAAAGAUCAAGGCUGGUGAUGUGAUAACCAUCGACAAAGCUACUGGUAAGAUAACCAAGCUGGGCCGCUCUUUCACCCGCGCCCGUGACUAUGAUGCCACUGGACCACAGACCAGGUUUGUACAGUGUCCUGAAGGGGAGUUGCAGAAGAGGAAGGAAGUGGUACAUACGGUCACACUGCAUGAGAUUGAUGUCAUCAACAACCGAACCCAAGGCUUCCUGGCUCUCUUUUCAGGAGAUACUGGUGAAAUCAAAGGAGAAGUAAGGCAGCAGAUCAAUGUCAAAGUGGCUGAGUGGCGAGAGGAGGGGAAGGCAGAGCUUGUUCCUGGUGUGCUCUUCAUUGAUGAGGUACACAUGCUGGACAUCGAAUGCUUUUCCUUUCUUAACCGGGCACUGGAGGACGACAUGGCUCCAGUGGUAAUAGUAGCCACCAACCGCGGCAUCACACGUAUCCGAGGCACCCAGAAUAUGUCCCCCCAUGGCAUACCCAUUGAUAUGCUCGACAGGAUGAUCAUCAUCAAGACAUCUCCCUACCAGGAAAAGGAGAUCAAGGAAAUCUUGAAAAUCAGAUGUGAGGAAGAAGACUGUGAGAUUCAGGACGAGGCAUUGGUAGUUUUGACAAAGAUUGGCGUGGAGACAUCUCUUCGCUAUGCCAUCCAGCUGAUCACAUUGGCCAGCCUUGUUGCCAUCAAAAGGAAAGAAAAACAGGUAACAAUACCAGAUGUAAAGAAGGUGUAUCAACUCUUCAUUGAUGAACAGAGGUCCCAGAAAUUCCUGAAGGAGUAUGAAGAUGAAUUCAUGUUUGAUGAAGGAACAGACACAAUGAUGGAGACAAGCUGAAUCUUCAAAGUGAUGUCAUGGAUCAUGAAUCUAGAUAGUUUUUUGUGGGCCUCUGCAAGCCACUGGUAGUUCUAGUUUACUUAUGGGUGUGAACUUGUCUAAACCAUCAAUGGAUGAUUUAAUAUGUUAGUUACUGUACUGUAAGCAAGAUCAUCAUUCUAAGUAAGCUCACUAGUUUCAUUACAUGCUUAUAUGCCAGCAGGUCCAUUAUUUUUUAUGGGGGAGGUUUAAGUUGGGGCUGCUACUUAUCUGUAUCUCCGACACUCUGUUUCCUCAAAGGAACUCCUUUUUAAGGGGAUGGGUACAGCAGUUGUGUAUCCAACCAUUACUGUUAUGGCAUUCACCCACAGGACACUUGAUCCCUUGCCUAUCAACUCUCCAACACUGAUCUAUUUCACUGAUCACUGAAACCCUUGCUCAAUUCUGCCUUCAUAUGCUCAUUUCACAAAACAGUCCCCAUUGAUUCUCAUCAAUCUUUUCUUCAUUUAUAGUCAAUCGUCUCCCAUUCUUGAGGUUGGACUUGCGAUGAUCCUCCUCCAUCUUGCUCAGUCCAGUGCUAAUCCUUACUCUAUUUUUAACACAUCCAAGUCUUGUUGUACUGUUCCUCCCCAUGUUCAGUCUGCCCAUCCAUCUCUCCCCUGCACUUUAUCUAUUACUCUUCAGUUAAAACAAACUAGAUUUGUGACACAAGAUUUACCUUGUCUGAAUCCAAAUUGACUUUCAUUUAUUAUCUUCUCUUUCCAGACGGUCCAGCCACUGUCUUUUGAGUACCUUCUCACACAGUUUGCACAUCACACUUGUUAGGGGAACCAGUCUAUAGCUUAAUGGCUCUUGCUUAUUUCCGCUCUCAUACAGUAGGACCACAUGUGCCCUCUUCCAUUGCUCUGGGACUUCAAUCUUGAUCCCUUCAACAUGAGGACGCGUAUACUGCGUCCUGGCUCGCUUUAGCCAGCACAUGAGUUAUUUCAUCCCGGAUAUUGUACGAUUGUUUUUAGGAUGUAGGUCGGAUAUGAUACGGUGUCUUAUUUGACUUUCAAUGUUAUUGUGUAAUAACGUAAGUGUAUCUUGCGCGCAUUUGUACAGAAGCCCUCUGCCAUUCACGGCCACACUGUUCAUGGAUUUGCUUAUAUGCAGGUAGGGUAUUUGCGACACCUCCCGCCGAACGCAGAUGAAAACUCUCGUAUAUGCGGUCUGUAGCGCCCAGCUCGAAUGUUGUGCAAUGUAAACAAAGAAACCGUCCCUGGGGCUGGAUUUUGGGCUGGAUGUACGGGACUGUCUCUUUCUUAAGGAAGCUUACUUAUUUUUGCUUUCUAAACAUCAAAAUUCGAUUUAAGUGUCAUAUUCAUACAUGGAAGGCCACAGUGCUAUUCGCACCACGUAUUUCCCCGUGGGUCUGACGUUUGGCUGACAGGAUCAUGGUGGUUAAGAACCACGGUUAUCCUACGUGCACUGUAGUGAAAACUCAUUAAUAUGGGACACAGAAAACAUAAUUAAUAAAACUGGAAUAACUUUA